AAGACAUACCAAGAUUUCAAACAUAAAUAUCUUGGAACAAUCAGAAGAGCAACAUGGGAGAAACGGAGAAAAGGAUGGAAACCCAUAGGAUAAGAUGUCUUUCCAAGGUGAAGAUGUUUCUGUUAGCAUUAACAUGGGCGUAUAUAUCCAAAACAUUAUCUGGAUCUUAUAUGAAUUCUAUGCUUACACAGAUAGAGAGACAAUUCAAUAUCCCGACAUCUCUAGUUGGAUUUAUUAAUGGAAGCUUUGAAAUUGGAAAUCUUUUGUUGAUUAUAUUUGUGAGUUAUUUUGGAACUAAACUGCAUAGACCUAUAAUGAUUGGUGUCGGAUGUGUGGUUAUGGGAUUAGGAUGUUUCUUGAUAUCACUACCUCAUUUCCUCAUGAACAGAUAUGAAUAUGAAUCUACAGUUUCAGUUUCAAGCAACUUGUCCUCAAACAGCUUCUUGUGCAUGGAAAAUGGAACCCAGACUUUAAGGCCAACGCAAGAUCCAUCAGAGUGUGUAAAAGAAGUUAAAUCAUUAAUGUGGGUAUAUGUACUGAUAGGGAACAUUAUACGUGGAAUGGGUGAAACUCCCAUCAUGCCUUUGGGUAUUUCCUAUAUAGAAGAUUUUGCCAAAUCUGAAAGUUCUCCUUUAUAUAUUGGGUUUAUAGAAACAGGAGCUAUCAUUGGUCCUCUGAUUGGACUUUUGUUAGCAUCAUUCUGUGCAAACAUUUAUGUAGACACUGGAUCUGUAAACACAGACGAUCUGACCAUAACUCCCACUGAUACUCGCUGGGUUGGUGCAUGGUGGUUUGGCUUUUUGAUCUGUGCAGGAGUGAAUGUCCUCACUGCCAUUCCUUUUUUCUUUUUGCCCAAAACGCUUCCAAAGGAAGGACUAGAGGAUAAUGCUGAUGUCAUUAAAAGUGACAAAGAGAAACUAGGAGAAGAGGUCAAGAAGGAAAAACGUGGAAUCACUAAAGAUUUUUUACCAUUCAUGAAAAGUCUGUCCUGUAAUCCAAUUUACAUGCUUUUCAUACUUAUCAGUGUGCUACAGUUCAAUGCAUUUGCCAAUAUGUUUUCCUUCAUGCCUAAGUUUCUGGAACAGCAGUAUGGUAAAUCAACCUCGGACGCCAUCUUUCUCAUCGGUAUUUAUAACUUACCUCCAAUAUGCUUUGGAUACAUAGCUGGUGGCUUAAUUAUGAAGAAAUUUAAGAUUACUGUAAAACAAGCUGCCCACAUAGGUUGUUGGCUCUCCAUGAUUGAGUACCUUCUCUAUUUUUUAACCUUUCUGAUGACCUGUGAUAAUUCUCCAGUUGCUGGCAUAACUACCUCUUAUGAUGGAACCCAACAAGGCUUAUACGUGGGAAAUAAGAUCCUUGCUGACUGCAAUACACAUUGCAACUGUCCAACUAAAAUAUGGGAUCCCGUGUGUGGAGACAAUGGUUUAUCAUACAUGUCCACCUGUCUUGCUGGUUGCGAGACAUCUGCUGGGACUGGCGUAAACAUGGUGUUCCAAAAUUGUAGCUGCAUUCAAACAUCAGGUAACUCCUCUGCAGUCCUUGGGCUGUGUGACAAAGGCCAUGACUGUGCCAUGAUGCUCCAGUACUUUCUAAUCUUGUCCACAGUGAGCAGUUUCAUCUACUCUUUAGCAGCCAUACCUGGAUAUAUGGUUCUCCUGAGGUGCAUCAAGUCUGAAGAGAAAUCUCUUGGUGUGGGAUUGCAUGCAUUUUGCACAAGAAUAUUUGCUGGCAUUCCUGCACCUAUAUAUUUUGGAGCUUUAGUGGAUGCAACCUGUUUACAUUGGGGAACUUUAAAGUGUGGAAAACCAGGAGCAUGCAGAAUGUAUGAUGCAACCAACUUCACGCACAUCUACCUUGGCGUGCCAGCAGCACUGAGAGGAUCAAGUUACCUUCCAGCUUUCUUGGUCCUAAUUCUUUUGAGGAGGCGUGUUCUACCUGGUGAAAAUGACUCUUCAGGAACCAAACUUGCAGGGACCAAGGUUGCAGAAAAGGAACAUCAGCUCAAAGACCUACAGCAAAAUUCCAAGGCUGUGAAUGAUGAAGAAUUGAAAACUAAAUUAUAA